GCUAAAUACAAUAAUGUCCAGAGUAAACGUGCCGUCGUGGGCGGCGGGGGCCCUGAAAACGUCCCCGGGCCAGCAACGACCGGUUGAGCACUUGUUGUUGUCCCUCCACGGGGGUUCCUAUCUGCCAUCCUUUUUAUCCUGAACCCGCGCGCGGCUGUUUUCCACCACUCAGCAACUGGGACAUAUGCACUUACCAUAUGUUAACCCACAAUCCGGGAGACCGUUGCUGCAGCAUUUCCUCACACGACACUCCCGACUAUGCGGUUGAGGAGAGAUGAGGCCUGCAAAUGCAUGCAAGUCAUGCCGGUUCCAUCGAAGAAAGUGUCGAGUCAGGAAUCCCGACGAGCCAUGCCAACGAUGCAUUGAUUUCAACCUUGUAUGCAGCAACGUCGACUCUUCUCCUUCGCAGAGACAGUCGGUCCCUGUGAAGAGACCGUUGCCUGCGUUGCGAGCCCGACGAACACCCUCGUCGUCAGAACCUCCUCCCCCUGCCACUCCGGCCGCAACAGACUAUGGCAGUGGAUUUAUCGAGGACAACAAAACUCACCAUCUUCAGAACAACAGCAAUGAUGCGCUGUUCAAGUCGGCAGAACUCCAGAAGGAACUGGUGCAGCUGUACUUUGCCCAUAUCCACGACAAGCACCACUCUCUGUUCCACGAGCCUACCACAAGAUCGCAAGUGCAGGAUGGCAGCUUGCCGAAAGUGCUAUUGUAUGGAAUGAUGGCCUUGGGAGCAAGAUUCUCCAAUGCACCCUCGCUGGCUUUUAUGGACCGCCGCGUUCGUGGAGCAUCCGCCGCCCAACGAGCAAUGGCCCUGUUCGACAUGACAGACACGUCUGUGACGACGAUCCAAGCAAGUGUUCUGCUUGGCACGAUAUGUUUUGCCGAGUCCAAAACUGAAGCCGAAGCCAUGUACUACGCUGUAGCGAACCGGCUCGCACAGGUUUUGAAUCUGGCACAUCGGGAGGCGGACAAUGAAACCGAGAGACAGGUCAACUUGAGGAUAUGGUGGACCCUAUACAUGAUCGACAUAUGGUGUUCAACAGGCCUGCACCUCCCACGCCAGCUUCAGACCACUGACAUCAGCUUCAUCGAGUUGCCCGUCAACGAAGCCCUCUUUCUGGGGCUGGAGCCGCGAAGCCUACAGUCGGGCACGGCAAGCAGUGGGAUCUGGGCGGAGAUGGUCAAGCUUGCACACAUCUGGGUGGACAUAUUCGACCUCAACCAAAGCGUGAUUUUGCAUCACGAGACCAAGGAUCCCGCGGCGCUCGAAGAAGCCGUUGAAACGCUAUUGAGGCGACUCGAGAUGUGGUCCGCGUCUCUACCAUUACACCUGCGCAAGACCCGCUCCAAUCUCGAGUACUACACUUCCGUCGGACUGGGGUCCGCGUUUGCAGCGCUUCAUCUAGGAUAUCAUUACUACACGGAAGUGCUGUGUUAUCAGUUUCUGGCCGAAGACGAAGGUCAGGGUCAUCAACAGUGGCAUCACUCUCAACAUCAACAUCCUUGGCCUGACUCUGACGAACCACAAACACCACAAUACUCCACAACAUCGCCAUCCUAUCCUCCUCAAACAAGCAGAACCAGCACCCGUCACGAAUACGCCGAGAAAUGCAAAGACCACGCCCGCCACUUCUGCGACCUGCUAUAUACAUGCCAACAACUCCCGUCCGCCGAAUGUUUGUACAUUAUGGUGGGCCAUAUGCUCGUCGUCACGUCGACGGUGUACAUCCACACAUUGGUGUUUAGCGAGCGCGAGGACGAGAUCGCCGUCGCCCGCACCCGGCUCGAACGCAACUUCCAGACCCUCAUGCAUCUACAGUCUUACUGGGUCAAGUUGGACGUGUCGCUGUCGCGGUUGCGGGCGUUCCACAACGCCUGCAAGGUCUCGGCCGAGCACUCGUUCGCCAUGGACAAGUGGAUGCUAUGUUUCCUGCACGAGCACGGCCUCUCCCUGCCUGAGCGUCACAUGGACUUGAACCUGGAUCCUCGUGCCCAUUUCCCACCAACCUCAUGGAAGACGGAGCGGAAUAGGAGCGCUUCGGCGGAAUUGACUUUGCAAGAUUGGUAUUCCCAGACUUUUAGCCAGAACCAGCACCGGACUCAGGACCAGAGUCAAAGUCAGAACCAAAACCAACCUGAACAGCCACCACCCCAUCCGCAACCGCAACCACAGGACCAGGCUCAGGAUGUCUAGUAUGGCAAUCAAGGGUGGUCUUCCCACCCCACUUCACUCUACAUGGUGCUCGAUGUGAGCAUUCAGUAUAUCAGUAUAUAUGUACCAGUAUCUCGCCCAGUAAACGUUCCAACAACAGUCACCGAAAAUUCGCCUCAAAUCAACGCCUUUCGGGACACCAGACCGGCCAUUUAUUGCAGUGGUGCUUUGGUUGUGAGGCUUGACCCUGUAAUGGAUAAGGUAUCCUUCUUCGUACACUAUAUAAUUCGUCAUCGAGGCCUUCCCGCUCGCCAACUCGUCCUUAAAAGUCUCUGCCCUCUGCUUCAAGUUAUCAGGGCCAUACUCUAGGGUCGUUUCAAGUUUGUCCUGAACCAGCUCGAAAAAGACGAAGCGUGCCCGCGCAUUAGCCUCAAGGUCAUUCGAUAAGAAUGUCCUGGAUAAAACCAGUUAUAUCUGACACUGACCCGAGGGCGGCGAAGGGGGGACAAGCGAGACCAGAACAGUAUGAGAACGGCAAUAGUGUGAUGAUAUAUAUUGGGCUUCGCAUUUCAUGCACCGUUGUUCAUACUACACAUUCAACUGAUGAUGACCUCCUCGUGUAAGACCC